AAGACUUCUCAUAAUGAAUGGCUCUUCUCUCAUUUGAAGGUAUGACCCUUUUCUGAAAGAGUUUGGUGAGGCCAAGCAUUUGAACACUCAGUCACAUGCAGCAGGAACAGGCACAUGGAGGACAGCUGACUCCACAGGACCGAGGACUUGGGUUUUGCAAUGGAACGGAUAUGGUUGCUGCUGCUUCUAACAAUUAGAGUGCUUCCAGGGUCUGCACAGUUCAAUAGUUACAAUUGUGAUGCCAACCUCCACAGUAGGUUUCCUGCUGAAAGAGACAUCAGUGUCUACUGUGGGGUGCAGGCCAUUACAAUGAAGAUUAAUUUUUGCACCGUACUUUUCUCGGGUUAUUCGGAAACAGAUCUGGCACUGAAUGGAAGGCAUGGGGAUUCCCACUGCAGGGGGUUCAUAAAUAACAACACCUUUCCUGCAGUGGUCAUUUUCAUCAUCAAUCUGAGCACCUUGGAGGGCUGUGGAAACAACUUAGUGGUAUCCACAGUUCCUGGAGUCAGUACUUAUGGAAAUACAUCUUCAAUGCAAAUAGGAAAUAUUUCAGGAUAUAUUGAUACCCCAGAUCCACCAACAAUCAUCAGCUAUCUACCUGGACUUCUUUACAAAUUUAGUUGUAGUUAUCCAUUGGAAUACCUGGUUAAUAAUACCCAGCUUUCUUCGUCCUCAGCUGCUAUUUCUGUGAGAGAGAACAAUGGUACAUUUGUCAGCACUUUGAACCUCCUCCUUUAUAAUGAUUCAACCUAUCGAGAGCAGUUAAUUAUCCCAAGCAUAGGAUUACCCUUGAAAACAAAAGUAUUUGCAGCUGUACAAGCCACCAAUCUGGAUGGCAGAUGGAAUGUCUUAAUGGAUUAUUGCUAUACCACCCCAUCAGGGAACCCAAAUGAUGAUAUACGAUAUGAUCUCUUCCUUAGCUGUGACAAAGAUCCUCAGACCACCAUCAUUGAAAAUGGCAGGAGUCAGCAGGGUCGGUUUUCAUUUGAAGUGUUCCGAUUUGUGAAACACAAGAAUCAGAAAAUGUCCACUGUCUUCCUGCACUGUGUUACGAAGCUCUGCAGAGCCGAUGACUGCCCCUUCUUUAUGCCAAUUUGUGGCCACAGAGAAAGGAGAGAUGCGGGGAGGAGGACAACUUCGAGCCCUCAGAGCACUUCUGGAAACACGGUCCUCUCAGCUGGUCCCAUCAUUACUCGGAGUGAAGAGACUCCAACCAACAAUUCACAGCUUGAUUCUCCAAGUGAACCUCUUUUCCAGCUGAACUCCAUUACAAGUGCACUGAUAUCAGGCAUGGUUAUCCUGGGAGUCACGAGCUUUUCUCUUCUCCUCUGCUCUUUGGCCCUCCUACACAGGAAGGGACCUACCAGUUUGGUGUUGAAUGGCAUAAGAAACCCAGUCUUUGAAUGACUAUGAGAAGUCCUUGCUCUCCGGAGUAGCCUUCACUGACUAUAUUGUGUGAGACU